AUGGUUGUUUUAUCUGCGUCUAUAUGUACUCGUGGUGGUAAAGCUCUUUUAUCUAGACAAUUUAGAGAUAUUUCAAGAGACAGAAUCACUGCGUUGUUGGCCAAUUUCCCAAGUUUAAUUUCAAAUUCGUCGGGACAACAUACUAGUGUUGAAGACGAGAAUGUCAGAUAUGUGUAUCAACCUUUGGAGGAAUUCUAUAUUGUGUUGAUUACCAAUAAAACAUCAAAUAUUUUACAAGACAUUGAUACAUUGCAUCUUUUUGCGUCCACGGUGAGCAAUUUGUUGAGAAACAUUGAUGAAAGAGAAAUUUUCGAGUCAUCGUUUGAAAUCAUUGAUGCAUUUGAUGAAGUUCUUAGUUUGGGAUACAAAGAAAACUUGACAUUGACUCAAGUUCAAACAUUUUUGGAAAUGGAUUCUCAUGAAGAAAAGAUUCAAGAAAUCAUCGAACGUAACAAAGAAUUGGAAGCCACAGAAGAAAGAAAGAGAAGAGCCAAGGAAAUACAAAGAAAAGAAAUGGCUCGAAAGACCAUGGAUCAAUUACACCUGGGUGCCAGUGCCGGAGUUGGGGCCUCGUCAUUCGGUUAUGAUAGUUAUCAAAACAAUCAUCAGCCAACUUAUCAACCUACCCCAGUUGUUGAGACCACUCAUAGUGCCGGAUCCAAUACCACCAACUCGUCUAGUCACUCUUUGUUAUCCAAACCAAGAGGCGGUGGAUUACAAUUGGGAGGUAAAAAGACUGCUGGUAGAACCUUGCCAUCAGGGAACGGUGCCCAUGAACCAUUACUUGCCACUAGUCAACCAGUGUUUGCUCACAGGACAGCCGUAGAAUCACCUCAAACUUCUGCUGGUGCUGGUAGUGGAGUAAAGUCUGGGUCUGUGUCUAGAACUGGAUCACCUGCACCAUCCAAUGCUGCUACACGUGUUCCAAACAAUGGUAUCUUGAUCACAGUCAAUGAAAAAGUUAGUGCUCAGCUUUCUCGAGAUGGGUCAAUUUCAUCAUCUGAGGUCAAAGGCGAUUUGCAAUUAAGAAUAAACCAAACUGAAUUAGCUAAUGCUAAAAUAUUGUUAAAGAUCGCUGGUGAUAAAAAACAAUUUAAAACCCACCCUAAUGUCGAUCGUAACUUAUUUCAACUGGAUAGUCAUAUUAGUGUCAAAGAUAAAUCAAAAACAUUCCCCUCUAACGAUCAACCAUUAGGGGUGUUGAGAUGGAGAAGUGUUGGUAAACAAGAUGAUACUCUGUUGGUUCCUAUUGUCUUUACCAUUUGGGUGAGCGUUAAUGAAGAGGGACAAGCACAGGUCACAGUGGAGUAUGAAUUGACUAAUGAGUUUGUGGAAAACCAUCCAAACCAUCCAAACGUGGAGAAUUUGAAGAUUUUGGUUCCAGUGUUGACUGAUAAUGUUCAAUUACAAGAUGGUGGUAAUGAUACUGUUUCAUAUGAAUUGUACGAUGGUCAAGGUGUUGUAUUCAAUAUAGGAACAAUUGCCAUUGACGAUCCACAAGGAUCAUUUGAAUUUACUGUUCCCGUUGUUGAUGAGGAUUCCUUAUUUCCAAUGCAAGUGCAAGUUGAUAUUCUUAACCAAGAAGUGGUUGAGAGUGAUAUUUCAUUGGGUGGUGUAUCUAUAACUGAUGUUGUUUCAAAUAAUGAAGAUGAAGAAUCAUUGCCCUUUGAUUUGCAUUCUAAUAUAUCUUUUGAAAACUAUGUUAUCCAAUAG